AUGGAUUCUAAUAAAAUAUACCAUCAUGGAUGGGAUCUUACUUAUGCUGAAUAUGUGUCCAAAUUCGUUUAUGUUGCACGCAAAAGAUGCUGGCAACCAAGAAAACAAGGAAAUACAAUUGGCAGGCUCAUAUGGGUAUCCCCUUCAAGUGGAGAGUUGUUCUACAUGAGAAUGAUGUUUUCCUCCACUAAAGGGUCACAAUCUUACAAAGAUAUUAGAACAGUAGAAAAUGUGGUCUACCAUACAUUUAGAGAAGCAUGCUUUGGAAAAGGUUUUCUAGGAAGUGAUCAAGAAUUUGUUGGUGCUUUACGAGAAGCUAACACUUGGGGAACUCCACACUUCGUUAGAAAGUUAUUUGUCAAGCUGCUAUUUAUGAAUACCAUGGAUAGACCAGAAUAUGUGUGGAAACAAACUUGGCAAUGGAUGGCAAAUGAUAUUGCAUUUAAUCAUAGAAGACAAGCCAACAGGAAAAGCCUACGAGAUUUCCCUUCAAUGACAUACCCAAUAGGAUAUGCUGCCAACCCACACCGAAAUAAGCUCAUCUACAAUGAAAUGGCUUAUGAUAAGGAAAUUUUGGCUGCUGAAUUCAACAAAUGCUAUCACUCACUAAUAGAUGAGCAAACUUCUAUUUUUUAUAAGAUUAUGCGUGUUGUUGCAAGUCAAUUGGGGGGAGUUUAUUUUCUCUAUGGAUAUGGUGGCACCGGCAAGACCUUUAUCUAG